AUGACCACCUCGCUGCCCAUAAUACCCCAGCGGCAGACCACCCUCCCCCAGCGGCCCCGCCUGCGGCUCGACACGCAGAGCACCACGCACCGCUACAAAGGCUCCAGCCUGCGCCUCGAGACCCUGAGCGCCGUCUCGCCCACCAUCCGCAACACCUUCUCCAACGCCUACGAGCCGCCUGCCUCCGCCGCGCCAGUCCUCGCUCGCCCGUCAAAGCCGCGGCUUUCUAUAGACAGCACCUGCAAGACCUCGAGCGAGUCCUCAACCCCGAGCUCGGCAGCAACACCAUCCUCGUCUCUCACAUCCGCUUCGACCGACUCCGCCACCAUCGUAAUCCCGUACAAGCAGCCCCACAACCUCACUUCAAUCCUCUCCAACAGCCCCGCGCGAGCGCUCGAACCGCGGAGAAUGGCGGCAGCAAGGCCGCUGUUCCCGGCGGAGAAGAAGGUCUCCUUCCGAACUCCGCUAGAAGAGGAGAUCAAGAACGUCAGGUACACGCUGGCGCAUUCCGAUAUUGAGUCCUCCCAGUCGACAAUAUCCUCGCUUUCUACCGCCGCAUCUUCAGAAUCAGAAUCAUCAGCAGCCUCGUUGUCUGUCGCUUUCACAUCCUCUGGCGAGCCUUCUUCGCCUUCCGUCCAGUCACCAUCCGAACCGUCUAGCUCCUCCGCCUUCUCAUCGCUUGAGGGCUCGCCUCGGCCAAAGGGCCCGCGCGCAGGAGACAAGCGCGACUCUUCGGAGUCGGAGAGCGAUUCGUGUCCCGAAACGCCUGUCGCGGGGCGCCGGAAACGAAGGAGAGACUGGAGGUGGACGCUGGGGUCACUACCCUCCGACAAGUCAACAUCGUCUUCGGCAAGCGACGCGAUUACUAGCGAGGACAGUAACUGA